AUGAGCGCUGACGAUCUUCAUGUCCCAUUCGAGCCUACAGAGCAUCCUCAUCGUAGAUUUAAUCCUCUAACAGGUAAACAUGUAUUGGUCUCACCUCACAGAACGAAGCGACCUUGGAAAGGCCAGACUGAAGAACCGGUGAUAGCAUCUUUACCCUCAUACGAUAAAGAAUGUAAUCUAUGUCCUGGUAAUGAGAGAAGUGGUGGAUUCACCAAUCCAAAAUACGAUGAUACCUUUACAUUUCCAAAUGAUUAUCCAGCACUUUUACCUGAAUCAUUACCUACUAUCGUCCCAUCGUCGAACCCUUCACCGAUAGAUAGUCUAUUUCAAAAUCAACCUGUCAGAGGAAGAUGUAAAGUCAUUUGCUUUCAUCCGAGGCAUGACUUGACUUUAGCGAGAAUGGUACCUAGUGAGAUAGAAAGAAUAAUAGAAGAAUGGAAAAGAGUUUACGUGGAUGAAGGUGAACAAUUGAGGAAGGAAGGUGAUGAGGGUUAUGUACAGAUAUUUGAGAAUCGAGGAGCGAUGAUGGGAGCUAGUGCCCCCCAUCCACAUGGACAGGUCUGGUCACUCUCAUAUAUUCCCGACGAACCAUUUACCGAAUUACAAAACCUAUCUUCCUCCAGCUCAUACCACCUCUCGUCACCGUCUCAAUCCACCUACCCAACAAGGGAUGAUGGUCAUCCUUGCCUUCUCUGCUCAUAUGCCGCGGAGGAAGUCAAGAGAAAAGAAAGAAUCGUCGCGAUUGACGAGGAAAGUGGUUGGGUAGGCUUGGUACCAUUUUGGGCUACUUGGCCUUAUGAAGUGAUAUUACUACCGUAUAAACGACAUAUCCCGUCUCUGUUGCAGCUCACCCAGAUAGAGAUACAGGGUCUUGCGAGGAUUUUGAAGAAGAUCUUGGUCCGAUACGAUAAUUUGUUUUCAUGCCCGUUCCCAUAUUCAAUGGGAUUACACCAAUCACCUCUGCCGCCACUCAAGUCUGAAUCAGAUGUAGCUCAUAUCCAUUUCCAUUUUUACCCACCACUGUUAAGAAGUGCCAGCGUAAGGAAGUUCUUAGUUGGAUUUGAGAUGAUGGCUGAAGUGCAGCGUGAUUUGACUCCCGAACAAGCAGCUGAGAAAUUGCGGGCGGUUGAAGAGAUUCAUUACACUGAGAGAAUGGAUAAUGUAAACGAAGUCUCUGUGAAAAUGGCACAGAAAUAG